AUGAUCCACAGCUAUCAUCCAAGCCAUCGGGUGGCCUUACCCGACCUGUACAUGCGGAAAUAUGCCCUCCAAAGGGGCAUCGCAGGAUUAUUGGAAGGUGUCCUGUACAUAUCCGCGUCGUUACAUCGAUGCCCACGCCCCGCCAAGAUGGGAAAGGGCCUGAGAUGAAGUUGACCGGCUCCCAGCUUUCAUUCAAGCCCUUCCUUACAUAGCCUCGACCGACAUGUGGUUGCCGAGAUACACCCUCGCAAGGGGGCACGGCGACCCCAACAGGGGUUGUCCCAAAUUCCAAAUUUGGGACAACACCCCACAUCGUCUCCCAAGCGUCUCGGCGGCAGCCGCAACAACUACCGAAGUCAUUCCACGGCUCCCAGCUUUCAUUCAAGCCAUCACAUCGCCUCGACCGGCACGUGGUUGCCGAGAUACACCCUCGCAAGGGGGCACGGCGACCCCAACAGGGGUUGUCCCAAAGUUGCAAAUUUGGGACAACACCCCAUAUCGUCUCCCAAACGUCUUGUCGGCAGCCGCAACAACUACCACAGUCACGCCACGGCUCCCAGCUUUCAUUCAAGCCAUCACAUCACCUCAACCGGGAUGUGGAUGCCGACCCUAUCGCGGCGCUCAACAAUGGUACCGAAAAUGUGGUGUCCAAAAUGCUCGGAAAAUCCCUGGCGAUCAUCGCUCACACGACCCACGAAGAAGGCGCUGAACAACCAGCACUGUCAUCUUGUACUGGAGUCACGCACCCCUCAACUAGGAUAGAGGCAAU